AUGGCGCGAAAGAGAGAUGCCGAACGCAUGGCCGCCAGACGAAAAGUCGAGGCCGCCCGACGAAAAGUCGAGGCCACCCGUUCUGGACCUAUCCCGAAUGAAUCUUCCAAACCCAUUAUUGUAGAAGAAACGGCUCACGUUGACGUGGCCGAGACGGAAAAGGCAGCCGAUCGGUCGAUUUCAGAAGAUCGGGAAGAGAAACGUGCCGCCGAGGACGAGGUCAACUCUGAGGAGAACCCUGUUGAUAAACGCCCACGCUUAGAGGAGUCGGAUGUGACGGCCGAAAGGAUCGCCGAAUUAGGCCGCCGCCAGCAUGAUGCCGUUGAAAGGAUUGGCCGUUUGCAGUCCGAAGUCGAGGGUCAGAGGAACAGGGCCGAGUUUGAGGCGAUGAGAGCCACAAUGGAAAGUGUGCGGGCCGAAGCUGAGAAGGAAAGGGCGCAGAUUGCUAACCAGCUCAAAUCGGAAGUCGAGGAGAGGGCAAACGCGAUUCAGGAAUUGCUUAAGUUAGCCAAGGAGGCGCUUGCCAAGCUGGAGCCCGAAUUGGCAGAGUCGAAGGCGGCAAAAGAAAAAGCCGACUCCGAGGCUUCCGAAACAUUCAAGGCUGGGAAGAGCGCCGCUCUUGUCUACAAAUUGAGGAGAUUAGGUGAGGCAUGGACACAGAGGGAGAGAGGAUAG